GCUUGCUGGCAGACUUGUCUGAGGCUCUGACAGAGGCGAAGCACAGGGACUACCCAGAAGAACACAGGCAAAUCAGAAUCACUCCUCUCCUGCAGCAAUGGGUUGGCUGGAGGCAUCAAACUGGCAGCUUCACGUUUCCUUGAUCGUGCUACUCUCCAUACACAUGAAAGGUGCCUUGUUUGAACCAGUUGUUGAUCCACAUGUAACAGCAGUUUGGGGGAAGAAUGUCACCCUGAAAUGCAUAAUUGAAAUAAAUGGAACAAUAACACAAAUCUCAUGGGAGAAGAUGCAUGGUAAAAGUAAACACACCAUUGCUGUUCAUCAUCCUAAAUAUGGGUUUACUGCUCGAGGAGACUACCAAGGAAGAGUGUCACUUAAGAACUACUCACUUACUGAUGCAACUAUCACCCUAAACAAUAUAAGCUUCUCUGAUUCAGGAGAAUAUGUAUGCAAAGCAGUUACAUUCCCACUAGGAAAUGCUCAGUCAUCAACAACUGUAACUGUAUUGGUUGAACCCAUUGUGAGCCUAACAAAGGGACCAAACUCUUUAAUAGAUGGUGAAAAUCAGACUGUAGCAGCCAUUUGUACAGCAGCCACUGGAAAACCUGCUGCAGAUAUUGAUUGGGAAGGUGGUCUUGGAGAAGUGGAAUCCAGUUCUACUUUAUUUCCAAAUGAAACCGUGACAGUUGUCAGUCAGUACAAACUCAUACCCACCAAAUUUUCCAGAGGAAGACUCAUAACUUGUGUUGUGAAGCAUCCGACUUUGGAAAAGGAGAUGAGAUAUCCUUACACAUUGGACAUACUAUAUGCCCCUGAAGUUUCAGUAACUGGGUAUGAUGGAAACUGGUUCAUUGGAAGAGAGCAUGUUCAGCUCCAGUGUAAUGCUGACGCAAAUCCACCGCCCACGGAAUUUACAUGGACCAGGUUGGAUGGGCAAUGGCCUGAAGGUUUAAUGUCUUCAAAUAAUACUCUGCAUUUCAACAGUCAGUUGACUUACAAUUAUACUGGGACUUACGUCUGUAAGGUGACCAAUUCCCUUGGACAAAGAAGUGAUCAACAGACGAUCUACAUUUUAGAAUAUCCGGGGAAUGAGACUGCUGUUUUAGAGGAAUUGGUGUUUGGAAGUGGAGAUACCCUUGAACUUUCCUGUAACACCCAGGGCUCUUCCAUGUCAGUUUUCUGGUUCAAAGAUGGCAUUGGGAUUGCACCUACCAACAGAACUCAUAUUGGACAAAAGUUGUUGAAGAUCAUUAAUGUGUCAUCUGACGACUCUGGGCUGUACAGUUGCAAGCCACGGCAUUCCAGUGAGGUUCUGGGUAACUUUACAGUUAGAGUAACAGGGUUCUUCAUAACAUUUCUCUUGGGCAUCCUCAUUUCCUCACACCAGUUGGUCUCCACUUGA